CACAACUUCAAUAAACUUCAAAAGAGACUCGAGCAGGCUCUCUCACCUGUUCCUUCCCCCUCAUUCCAAAUUCUUUUCCCAAAUCUCUCCGGCGAUCUCCCUAGGAGUUUUCUUAAUCUCAGUUCGAAUUUCGAUGCGGCAGAGCUUGGUGAUUUUGCAAUCGUAAUAUUGAAUUGUACUCGAAGUGGUUAAUUAGCUGAGGUAUAAUCUUCAUAAUGAUUUACACGGCGAUUGAUACGUUUUAUCUGACGGACGAGCAAUUGAAGAAUUCUCCCUCAAGAAAAGACGGGGUUGAUGAAUCGACGGAAAAUACUCUUAGAAUCUAUGGUUGUGAUCUCAUCCAAGAGGGUGGAAUAUUACUUAAAUUACCUCAAGUGGUAAUGGCUACGGGACAAGUCCUUUUUCAUCGGUUCUACUGUAAGAAGUCUUUUGCAAAGUUUAAUGUUAAGAGGGUCGCGGCUAGCUGUGUUUGGCUUGCGUCUAAGUUGGAAGAAAGCCCAAGGAGAGCAAAACAUGUGCUCAUUGUUUUUCAUAGAAUGGAGUGCCGAAGAGAAAAUUUGCCCAUUGAGCAUUUGGAUAUUUUCUCUAAGAAGUAUACCGAUUUGAAGAUGGACUUGGUCAGAACAGAACGACACCUAUUGAAAGAAAUGGCUUUCAUCUGCCAUGUUGAGCAUCCUCAUAAAUUCAUAUCGAAUUAUCUUGCAACCUUAGGAACACAAAGUGAUCCAUCACCCCAGGAACUGAGGCAGGAAGCUUGGAAUCUUGCAAAUGAUAGUUUACGUACAACAUUAUGUGUCAGAUUUAAAAGUGAAGUUGUCGCAUGUGGGGUUGUGUAUGCUGCUGCUCGUAGAUUCCAGUUUCCUCUCCCUGAGAACCCUCCAUGGUGGAAAGCAUUUGAUGCUGAAAAAUCGGGGAUUGAUGAAGUUUGUAGAGUCCUCGCACAUUUAUACAGCAGGCCCAAAGCACAGUACAUACCAGUGUGUAAAACUGGAGACUCUUCAACACCAUCAAAUAAGUCAUGGGAUACUCAAGCUCAACAAAAUCCAAAGGAAGGUUCGGCGAAUGGUCCCGCAGCAGGAUCUACCGUCAAGGGGGAAUCAGCUCUAGCUUCUAAUUUGGAGUCUGGCGGAUCAAAGGAUUUAUUGGUGAAGGUAUCCCUUGACAAAAUGAAGGAGAAGGGUGAUGAUGACGUUAAUAGUGCUCCCCACGAAGGUGAAACUUCACUGAAGCCCAAGGUGGAGCAGAGAAUAGAAGGUAGUGGAGAGAGGAGCAGGGAGAGGGAAAGGGAGAGGAUCAAGCCUCGCGACAGUGACAGAGGGAGGGAUUUCGAUAGAGAACGGGAGCGAGAGAAGGUAGAGAGAGAAAGCAGAGAUAAACUAAAGGAAAGAAGUCGCCGGUCCAAGGAUAGGGGUAAAGACUCAGGAGGCUACACUGAGAAAUCAAGACAUCACUCGUCUCGUGACCGCGGGGACUACCACAGCUCCUCGUAUUCAUCCAGGGAUAAGGAUCGACACAGACACCAUCCAUAUGCUUGAGCUUCGAGUUGCAUUUUGAGAUUUACUUUUCACAUUCACUUUUAUGCAACUCGAGUACUGUUACUAUUAGUAGUGUAUAAAUACAUAUUGUUAACCUUUUUGAUUGAUCUAUCACCUAGAGAGAAAAAUGAAAGCCAAUUUCACUCUAGGCUUUCUGAGCGCAUUCUACUGAAAGCAUAAGCGGCCAAAAUUGAUUUCCUAACAUUUGGUUGAAUUGUGACCGAUAGUAAAGCCACUUAUUAUCAGAGGUGUUUUCGCA